CUUUUUUUAGCACUUUCAAGCAAAAAAAAAAGAUAAAAAAGUGUCAAAUUUAAAAAACGUGUCUUUCUUAAUCAACUUCUUUUAAAAAAUAUAACAAUGAAGAUCUACACGAAAACAGGCGACAAGGGAACCUCAAGUUUGUAUAAUGGUGACCGCCGUGAUAAGGAUGAUGAAAUAUUUGAGGCAUUAGGUACCACUGAUGAAUUGACAUCUAACCUUGGUUUGGCCAUGGAACAUUUAGAAGAUGUUGACUGGGGAUAUGAAUUGAUUGAGCGUUUGGUCAAGAUCCAAAGUCUUUUACAAGAUGUUGGCUCUAACCUCGCAACACCUCGUGAGCAAUCUGAUGAGGCUCGAUUAGCUAAAACCAGUUUUGAUGUGGAAGGAAAAGACGUUGCCAUGUUGGAAGAGUGGAUUGAUGGCUAUGAUGAGGAAUUACCCAAAUUGACUCAAUUCAUUUUACCCUCUGGUGGCAAGGCGAGUGCUACAUUGCAUGUUUCCCGUACAAUCUGUCGUCGUGCAGAGAGACGUGUUCAGCCUUUGGUUCGAGACCGUCUUUGUGAUAAAUCAGUUGCUAUCUUUUUAAAUAGAUUAAGUGAUUUCCUCUUCAUUGCCGCUAGAUGGGCUGCGCAAUCUCAAGGAAUCCCCGAAAGAAUUUACAAGUAGAUUUGAUGUCACUGUUUAUUAAUAAAAACCAACAUCAAAACACUUUAAAAAAGAAA